UUACUGAGAAGUCUUGAUUUUAAGCAGUUCGCUAUGAAAGUAGUUACAUCAGUGUAUUCCUGUUCUUGUGCUCAGAAGUAGGAAAGUUGUUGCAAGAAUAGCCGCGAUGAAAGAGUAUAUGUAUCUAUAAGAACCUGAAAUGCAGGAUAAUUAAAAAAAUAUUCUGUCAGGUCUGAUAUUUCCAGUCACUAAGCUCAUUGACGAUAACGUUAACGUUAGAAGCUAGCUUGCUAGCGUUAGGCACAUACCGUUGUUGAAUGAGUGAAAGGGGUUUCUUGGACAGCAUUUGACAUUUGUAUGUAAUAUGUUGAUUCAAUUAUUUUUCCUAUAAGCAAUGAGGUGCAACCCAUUUAGAGUAAUUAGGUUUUACGUCCCAGUCAACUCACGGACCGAUAUCUAACAGUUGUUAACGUUAACUAUAACGUUACUAUUGAAUAUAGGUAAACAAACAAUCUUGUCUUAAAAUGACCGAGAAAAGCAGACGAGAUGUUCAGUUUCAAGGUAACUCAACGUGGGCACAGGACCAAAGUGAUGCUCAGGGACACAGAGCUCAAGAGAUACCUUGUUCUGUGACAAAAAAUGUGAAAGGUAUUUUUGAGGAAUUCAAAAACCUUUAUGAAGAGAGGCUGCGACGUCUCAAAUCUGGCACAGAAAGCUGCACAGAAGACAUGUUGCAGAAGAAAGUCCGGAUUUUGCAGUCCUAUGUGAAUGACCUAUGUGACCAGAACCAGCUGUUGGUACAGACUGUUGAAGACCUGGAGAAAGAAAGCAGAGAGAGGGUUACCUCACUUGAGAGGGAGUUAUGCAUCUCUGAUAAAACCAUCAAGGAUUUGAGCCAUCAGAGAAGAUGCCUGGAGGAGAGCUUGGACCGUAUGCUCGCUGAAAAUCUCCAGCUCAAGACUGAUGUGGACACCCUCGCACAGCUUGUUCAAUGGGCACAGCAAACCCACAGCCUUGAUAUUUCUGGGGUUAAACUACACUCUGUGUGUCUGGAGAGAAUAAUUCAGCCUGCAGCAAGAGAUCAUGGGCAGCAGGAGGACAUUAUAAGGCCUCAGCGCCAGGAGCCGCCCGAACUCCUGAAGGCCAGAGGAGGGAUUAUCCACAAUCUCCAAGAGGAAAUGAAGACGUUCUCGGACAAGACCACGCCAAAGAGGAAUGAGACUGAUGCCUUGUCGCAGCUGCACGGUCGUGUCAAGUCUCUUGAGAAACUGCAGGCAGAAAAGGUGGCUGAGAUCGCCGAUAGAGACGUCAACAUCACACGACUCUGCCCACAGCUCCGGCUGGCGCAACAGGACACACAGAGCCAGAAGCAUGUGAAGUUGACAGAGACUGGCCUGCUGAAUGCGAGACGAGAGAAGCACACAAGGGACGAGGAAGAGGAUGAGGAGGAAGAGGACGAGGAGGUGGCAGCUGAAGUGGCCCAGCUGUCAGCUCAGCUCCAGCAGCUUCAGGCCGAGCUGGAGAAGACCAGAAGCCAUCAUGUACCUGCCACAGGCCAGACGGGAGGCCAGCUAGCGUGGGAGAGAGAUCCGCUCCGUGAAGACCACCGGGGAAAAGCGGAGGAGAGAGAGGAGCACCGGAAACAGAUGAGUGAAGAGCCAGCCGUCUUAAAGGAGGUGGGCAGGCUGAAGUGGGCGGUGCAGGAGCGGUCUGAAGCUCUAGCGCAGCUGCAGCGGCAGCACCAGGACAGCGUGGAGGAGAACGGGCGCCUGCAGGCUCGGCUGGAGGCCCAGACCCUAACCGCGCAGAGCCAGCAGGACGCACUCACCGCCGAGAUCAAGAACACGGAGAACACUUUCCACAAGCUCCAGCUGCAGCUGUCAGACAGGGGGGACAUUAUAGAACGUGCCUCAGAGAAGAUCCUGGGCCUGGAGCAGGACCUGGAGGAGGCCCAGGGCCGCUACUCAGCAGCCUUGCAGGAGCUGCACAGCCAGGGGGACCUGGUGGGGGCGCUAGAGAGAGAGCUUGAGCGGACGGGCGCGGCCCAGAAGGAGGCCACGCGCCAGGUGAGUGAUCGUGGGGAGCGUCUGACCCACCUACAGCUGGAGCUAACCUCUCUGCAGUCCUCACGGGAGCACACCAGGAGGGCCCUGGCCUUAAAGGAACACCUGGUCACCCAGCUGUCCCAGGAGAACCGAGCCUUGGGGGAGAACCUGGACUCCCUCCAGAACCAGUUUCAGGCCAGCGAGGAGAAAGUUAAUAGCCUGGGUUUAGAAGUUGGCACACUGAAGUCCAAAUUACAGGAAAAGACCGAACAAUCUCAACAGCUGCAAGAUCAAAUUCUCAAGCAGCAGGAGGCUCUAAGUAGGGCAGGCGAAACUUUAAAAGACACAAGGAAAGCAGCUGGCAAUAAGAUACAACGCAAAGACAACAAACUCAACACUCUGCAGAAGGAGCUGCAGGAAUGUAAAAAGCAGCACUCUGAUUGUAAAAAAGAGCAUGAGGCGAUGGUGCAGAGACUCCAGGAGGAGGCGGCCGAGCUGACCACCCAGGUCCAGCAGCGCUCCCGGAACCUCAGCAGCCUGAGCGCCGAGAGGAGCCGUCUGGACCUGGAGCUCGCCGUCGUCACUGAGAAACACCGCACCGCCCAACACGAGGUGAGCUGUCGAGAUCAAGUGAUUCUGCACAUGAAGACAGAAUUAAGAGCCAUCGAGGAAAGACAUCAGGGAACACAAGAGGAGCUGGUGGCUCUGGAGGCAGAGGUCAGUAGGCUUAAUGAGGUUGUGAGCAGGCAGCGUGAGCAGCUCGGGGAGGCGGAGCAAAGCUGUCGCCACGCCCUCCUACGCCUGCAGCAGGAACAGCAGGACAAACAGAGAACUCACAGCCACCUACACAACACUCAAUUACAGCUGAAGAGCCAGACGGAGUCUGCGUCUGCCCUGCGCUCUGAGCUGGAGGCCCUGAAGCAGGCCCACUGUGCUGACGAGCAGCGCUGGAGCCAGAAGGCCGUCCUGCUGCAGGGCCAGCUGGAGGAGACGCACUCCCGGCUCCGAGAGGCCCAGGCCCUGGCCAGGCAGCAGCGGCACACCCUCAAGAAGCUCAGGAGCCAGGCUGACCAGGCUCAGACACAGCUCCAGCAUGCACAGGGCAAGGUGAAGGAGGAGGAGGAGAGGGUCAGGACCCUGGAGGGUGAGCUCACCUCUCUGAGGCAACAGCACGACGGCUUACAUCAGAGGCUGGAGGGCGUCACGGCCGCCACUCAGGACCAGGACGCCACGGCGGCCAUUUUGAAGCAGAAGUACACUGUUGCCAUGGAGAAGGUCCAGCAGCUCCAAGAGCAACUGCAGGCCUCUGAGGAGGAAGUGCGCUACUCUAGGAAGCAGGUCCUUGAAGCACAAGAAGUCAUCAGCAGCCUGAGAGAGGAGAAUGGCCGCCUGGAGGCUCGUGGCGAGGAGAAGCGACGGCAGGUAGAGAACGCAGAGGAGGCCAUCGACCACCUGACCGAGGAGCUCCAGGCCACCUUGGACGCGCUGACCAACAGCAGUGAGCGGCGCGCCGACGGCGACCGCGCCAUCGAGAAACUCCGCGCAGAGUUGGAAGACAGACAGGCCAUGAUUGCCCAGUAUGAAAAAAGAUGCCUUCAGCUUGAAACUGACCUCAGCACCAUCCAGCUCGGUCACUCUCAUCCCAACGAUGACUACGAAGCUCAGAGGAGGCAAAGAGAUCUUUACCAGAAGGAAGUGACCCUGUUGAGGCAGCAGCUUGAAGAGCAUGGCCAGAGGAGCGUGGAGAGCGACAGCCUCCUGGCGCAGCUGCACGAUGAGGCCCAAGGCCUGAGAGCAGAGCUCCGCAGCGGGGCCCAGGAGAAGCAGGAGCUGGACAGGGCAGUUCAGUCCCUGCGUUUGGGCCUGGCCUCUGCUCAGAGUGAGCACAGAGCCGCCCUUAGCCGGCUGCACCAGGAGGCCCUUGACCUCCAGCAGGAGCUCGCCCUCACCCGCAACACCUGCACCCUCAAGGACCAGGCCGUCAAGCAGAGAGAUGAGCUGCUGCGGCAGGCUGAGGUCGACCUCCAGCUGGCCCAGGAGGCCGUGCGUGCGGCAUCCCAGGAGGCCGAGGGGCUGAGGGCGGAGGUGCGGAGCGCCCGCCAGGAGUCGUGCAGCCAGCAGCAGGAGAAGCAUGUGCUCAGCACACACAUCAGUCGGCUCAGCCAGCAGCUGCAGACAGCACAGGGCCUGUACAGGAACAUGGCCCAGGCCCUGGCUGGUCAGGAGGAGCGUGUGGAGCUGCUGGAGUCUGGUCUGAGGAGUGCAGAGGAGCGUCUCAGCGAGCGUGUGGCCCACAGCGUCCGGCUGGAGCACAGUGGACACAAGAGCCACAGCCAGCUCAGCCAGAUGCAGGAGAUGAUGGUGCGUUUGCAGGAGGAGGCUGCGGUGGCUCAGCUGUCUCUUCAGCAGGCUCUGGAGGAGGCCAUGCAGCAGCAGAUGCAGCAGCACACACUCAGUCUGGAGAGAGAGCAGGCUACCGAGGAGAUACACACACUCACACAACAGCUGCAGCAGCAUGCAGGGCAGGUGUGUUCCCUGCGGCUGGAGCUUCAGCGGGAGCGAGAGGACCAUCAACAGGAGCUGGCCCAGCUCAAAGCCUCCGUCACACACCUGACCGCACAGGUGGAGACCCUCAGGGUCCAGAGGGACAAGCACGCCAACGCGGUGCGGCGGCAUGAGGGGAGUAUGCGUGAGCUGGCCGAGCAGCUGCAGCAGUGCCAGACGCUGAGCCAGGAGAGCGGCAGAGCGCAGGAGAGGAACGAGGAGCAACUGAGCACGCUCAGAGCAGAGGCUGACACUCUCCGGCAGAGGCUUGGCUGCAAGGUGGAGGAGGCCGAGGCUCUGAAGUGUGAGCGAGAGGCUCUGGAGAAGAAGCUGAAGGAGGCUGUCUCUGAGCUGCAGAGGCUAGCGGAGGCUCUGGAGGAGGCCCAGGCCCAGAACUCGCACCUCAGCCAGGAGAGUCAACUGGUGCUCACCAACGUCAGCCUCUGGAUCAAAGAGCAGAAGAGAGCGAGUGAGAAGCUAUCUGGGAGAGUGAAAGACCAGAGCCAGCGGCUGACCGCCCUGACCGCCGAGAGAGAUAAUCUGCAGGCGAGUCGAGAAGCUCUAGAGGCUGAGCUAAACACCUUCCAAGCAGCGUCUUAUGAGCGGGAGCGAGAGCUGGAGCAUUUAAAGGCCAUCCACCACCACUCGGAUAAUCAACAGGCCCUUCUUAAUCAACUGCAAGGUCAGCUGGAGACCGAGGAGAUUGAGAAGGAGAAUCUGGUCACCAACAACCUAAACAAACUCAAUGACAUGCAAGAAAAUCUCCGAUCCAACAUGGACAGCAUCCUUCAUCUGAACAAGCAGCUGUGCUCCCUGAGUGCGGAGCGGGACGAGCAGCACACACAGCUGGUGUGGGAGCGCGCCCGGCGCAAACAGCUGGAGCUCCAGCUGCUGAAGGGAACGGGCGCCGCCGACGCCACCACCUCCGACUGCCACCACCACCACCUCCACCCACCUCCUCCUUCUCCCCAGCCUCCAGCGCUGCCUCUCUCAUGGUGCGCUCCACCUGCUCCCCUCCACCUCCUCCUCUUCCUCCGCCACGGGGGCGGCCCGUCUCACCUCCGCACUCCUGGAGGCCGAGGGGCAGCGGGACCCAGGAGGCGCCCGGCUGAGACGCUCGCGCUCGGCCCAGAGGCUGGAGGAUCCGUGGGUUCUGCUGACGGGGAGACCGACCCGGCUCGACUCGACCCGAGCUGACCCCGCCAAGACGCGACCAAAUCAGAAGCUAACGCUGACCCGGCUCCACAUCUAACCCAGGCGCAGCGCCAGGUCAAGACUCGCUGCUGACCUGUGACAUCACCCCCACGCCACCGCUCAUGUCCUCCUCUCCUGGGCUCACACUGGCCAGACCUGCUACCUCCACUGACCCCAGGGGACCUUCAGCGCCACCUGUGCCCAGAGAGGGGAGGUGCACCUGGGGCUGUUGUUGCACUGAGAGAGCCGGUGCCACCGAGUCUUGAGAUAUACACACAUACACCUACGUCACUGUGGAACGAGACUGUGGGUAGCGCUACCAGGGAUAUAUGCACUGGUUUAAGAGAUAGUAGAAAAUGUGUGUGUGUGUGGAGACAGUUUUGUUCAAUGUCAUUUGAUUUAUAAUAAUCAUUAUUUUUCAUUACCUCACGUGUAAUGCUGUGCCUACUUGUGUAAGUGCAUAUAUGUGUGUGUGUGCGUGCGUGCGUGCUUGUGUAUUUAUGAGUUCAUAUGCUGUAUGCACUACUGUACGUGGUGAUACUUCCCACAGUAAGACACUUACAUAUUGAGAUAUUUUUAAUUCAUCAGUUGCCUGUGGUCAGUAAGGUGUGUCUGUGUGUGUGUGUGUGUGUGUGUGUGUGUGUGUGUGUGUGUGUGUGUGUGUGUGUGUGUGUGUGUGUGUGUGUGUGUGUGCGCGCAAGCACAGCCCGAGGCUACAUAUUUCACCCAGAAAAUGAGCUCUCAUCUAUGUCUGCUGAUUCCCCUCGUAAAUAACAGUGGAGAUGACUCACGGACGGCACGCACUCUGCACCCACUCCGCCACGCCAGUCCAGCAUGCUGAUAAUGGCACAUUGUUAUUUUACGUCCAUUUGUAUCGCCACGUCUCCCGUCCACACACACACACACACGCACGCAAGCACACACAUACACGCACACACAUACACACACACAGGCAUGCCUUGGCCAUUUCUCACCCUUCCCUUAAAGAGCUACUGUACUUCCCCCACUCACUAAUGAAUGCCUCUGAUGAUG